CCUGCAAAGUAAACCGUCCGAUUCGCUGAAGCGACUUUGAGUAUGGCCAACAUCGUCUGUGCGGAACGGCACCGCCUGUGCUGCGAGAAAAGAGCUCUGUUGAAUCUGGACCUGCCUCCCAGGAGGCUGCUGCGGCGCCCAGGCCUCUCUGUCCUCCUGCCAGAGGAGGAGGACGAGGAGGAGGACGGCGGCGAGGGGUCGGUGGAUGAGGAGGUGGACGUGUACUCGAGCGACGAGUUCCGGAUGUACGAGUUCAAGGUCCGGCGGUGCAUGCGUGGCCGGAGCCACGACUGGACCGAUUGCCCCUUCGCCCACCCGGGUGAGAAGGCGCGACGCCGCGAUCCCCGGCGGUACCACUACUCGGGCGUCGUCUGCCCCGACUUCCGCCGCUGCGGCUCGUGCUCCCGGGGGGACGACUGCGAGCUCGCCCAUGGUGUCUUCGAGUGCUGGCUCCACCCGGCGAGGUACCGCACCAUGCCCUGCAAGGAUGGUCGGCGCUGCCGCCGCAAGGUCUGUUUCUUUGCUCACUUUCCCCGGCAGCUUCGUGUCCUCCCAUCCCACAGCAAUAAUGACGAGAAGCCCUCAGCACCCUGUUAUGGUUUUUGGUCUGCAAACGAUAACUCCGUCGCCGCCGCUGCCUUCUCUCCGACGUCGACGUUGAUGAGUUUUUCUCCGCCAAUUUCACCGUCGGUGGGGGAACUGCAAUUCUCCGGCAAUGAUAUAAAGCAGAGGAAUAUGAGAGGUAUCAAUAGAAAUAACAACCCCAGUGAUGCGAUGGAUUAUGACGGUCUGUGUGAAGAGUUGACGAACUCAUUGGAAGCCAUGGAACUUUCAGCUUCACCAGUGACGAGUUCUGCAGCUGCUGCUGCUGCUCCCAAGGAGGUGAGGAGUCUGGGGUUGGAGAGUAACAACAGCAGCAGCAGCAGUAUGUGUUGGCCAGAUCUGGACUGGGUGAACGAGCUGCUGAUGUAG